GGCGGGUUCCACCUCCUCCCCCGCGCUCCCCGAAAGCCGCACACCAAGGGUCACGCUGGCGAAGGGCCGCUCGUGCGUGUAACCGACCCGCUGGCAGCCUCUUCGGCUGGGGGCCAACCAACCGCCAAAGAGGGUCCAGAGCCCUAUUGGCCCCUCCCUAAAACGAUCGGCCAGCUCCGCACAGAAAACUUGGAGAAUUAGGAAGAGAAGGGGGAGGAGGGAGAAGAUGAGGGGGAGGAGGGAGAUGGAGGAAAGAGGAGGGAGGAUAAUGAGCAGGAUGAGCCCGAUAAAGGGAACAACCACAAACAAAACGAUGGCGGGGCGCGCCGGGAACCCUACAGCGGCUCUCGCUGUGCGCCUACCGCCAACAAGCACACUCGAGCGCCGCCAGCGCCCCCUCCGCGCACCACCGCUCCUGUGCGGUCGGACAGUCUGCUGGCACCAUGGUGGCCCCAACGGAGGCAGGAGUAAGGAAGGGGAGGUAGACGGGGUGGAGGACGAGGAGAGGGCGGAAGAGCUGGAGGAGGAAGAGGAGGACCAGAGCAAACCGAAGAUGCAUGCUGCAUAAGCGAUGCUGCAGUAGACCCUGACGUCAGUCC